AUGUUUUUCAUGGGAGACUCUUUUCGCCGAUGGCAGUACACCUCCGUCAACAAUGAGCCAGACAACUACAAAGAGCAGGGCUCACUGGAGGCACCUGAUUCGUUAGGGGUUGAUAUCGAUGCUUGGCCUAGUAAAAGGCAGCGGUACGGCAUGAUCCUGAAUGCGCCGUUGUUUGAUGAGAUUGAUAUUCCCCUCACUUCGACAAGAUUGAAUGGCACUUUUCUCGAAGCCGAGCCGCUCUCCAUCUUCCGCCAGCCUCCUUCACCGGAAGUUGACGCUGCCUGGGCCCGAAUCGAAAGUCAAAGACCAGUGCCUAUCAGUCACGAAUACAUCUCUGCCCAUGGCAAGGAUCCAGCUCGCGCGGCCAAAUUUCCCGAGUCUUUCGGAUUUGGAAAAGAAGCCUACAUUGGCCGUAUCGACGUCUUCCACCAGAUCCAUUGCCUUAAUCGUCUUCGCAUGCAUCUCAAAGAUAACUACGACUACUAUUACGCUGAUUCAGAUACAAACAAUGAAUAUCAUCGCCUUCAUGUCAGCCACUGCGUGUAUAUGCUGUUGCAGAAUCUGAUGUGCACCGCCAAUGUGGACGUCUACCCUCAUACAUGGAUCGAUGCCCAGCAAAAUGCCUUCCCCGAUUUUAGCAUAAACCACAAGUGUCGUGACUUUGGCGCUAUUUUGAAAUACCACGAUGAUCACUCUGUCCCUAUUGAAGUUUUCGGGGCCCUCCGACGACCAGCAGAUUUCGAGCCUCUUAUCAUGAACCACAAAUUCAAAACCAUUUUCCAGUGGUAUGACAACCAUCCCGAUGAUGGCGAUUUGGGAACGGAAAUUCUAUAG